UGAAACCGAGAAAUCCUCUCCAUUUGUCUCCUCGCCCUCUCAGGGCCCGUCCUCUGCCCUGUGCUUUGCUGUGUUCUCCCUGAAAAAGGAAAAAAAAAAAAAAAACCCUAGAUCCCCAAAUUCUAUUUUUAAACUUAACAACAAAUUCAAAAAUCCACACUCAAGAUUGAAUACUGGUAAUUAUAGUAAUGGCACAAGAAGAACCUGAAGUGGAAUCUGCAUCAGAAAACUUAGAUCAAUCUCAAUCUUCUUCAGAUCCAUCGCUUUCUCGGAAUGUAUCCUUCAGUAAACUCAACGCGCAAGCUCCUGAGUUUGUCCCCACGCGCUCACAGCAACAACCGCCUCCUCCUCCUCCUCCUCCUCCUCGGCUCACUGUCGUCCCUCCUCCUCCGCCUCCUGCUGCCAUGAUGCAUAUCUAUCCUCCACCUCCUCCCUCGCCGUUUCAUGUCCCGAUUCAUAGCCCUGUCCCUGUUCCUCACGUGAUCCCUGUCCAGAAUCACCACCCCCAUCCCCAUCCGCACCACCACAACCACCACCAGCACCAGCAUCAUAAUCAGCAAUAUGUUCCGCUUCGGAACCAUAGCAAUCAUCAUCACGGUCAGAAUAGUCACUAUAUGCCUAUGCAGUAUCAUGGGAAUCAGCAUCAUCAGAAUCAAAAUCAUUAUGCUCCCGCUUCCAUGAAGGGUCAGUCAGAGGAAGAAGUGGAGGCAGCUGCGAAGAAGGAUGUAGCAUCAUCAGAUCAUGCGUCCAAAGCUGACAGAAAUGGGCUUUCUGAUGAGGCUGUGCAGAAACUUUUGAAUCAAGUCGAGUAUUAUUUCAGUGAUUUAAAUUUGGCAACUACUGAUCAUUUGAUGAGGUUUAUACAGAAGGAUGCUGAGGGAUAUGUGCCAAUAUCUGUGGUUGCUUCCUUUAAGAAGAUCAAAGCUGCCAUAAAUAGUAAUUCUCAGCUUGCUUCCAUUUUGCGGAACUCAUCAAAGCUUGUAGUUAGUGAGGAUGGAAAGAAAGUUAGACGUCAGCAUCCUUUAACUCAAUCAGAUGUGGAAGAGUUGCAAUCUCGUAUAGUUGUCACUGAAAACUUACCUGAAGAUCAUUGUCACCAAAAUCUCAUGAAGAUAUUCUCUACUGUUGGGAGUGUGAAGACUAUUCGUACUUGUCCACCUCAAACUUCUGGUGGAGGGGCUUCAGCAUCUCGAUCCUCAAAAGCUGAUGGAAUGCAUUUCAGUAACAAGUUGCAUGCAUUUGUGGAAUAUGAGUCUGUUGAGAUAGCUGAGAAAGCAGUAAUUGAGCUAAAUGAUGAGGAGAACUGGAGGAGUGGUCUUAAAGUUCGGUUAAUGCUAAAACGCACGUCAAAACCUACUCAAGCUCGGGGAAAGAAGGGGCAUGAUGAGCAAGGGUACUCUGAGGAAGAUGAGGCUUGUACACCUGAGCAACAGCUGAAUGAAAAACAGAAUGAAGACCCUUGCCAACAAUAUGUUGCUCAUUCACAUGAACUAUCUGGAGAGGAUCAUGUGAAUGACAAGGAGGGUGCACAUAGAAAAGGGCGCAAUCGGGGUCGGGGCAAGGGGCGUGGGAGGGCUCAGUACCAUCAUAAUAACCGUGGAAAUCACAUCGGAACACCCCCUUCUAAUAAUUCAGUUAUUGGUGAGCAGCCAGUGAUGGUGAAGCAACCUCCAGGGCCCCGUAUGCCUGAUGGCACAAGAGGAUUUGCUAUGGGUCGGGGGAAGCCAGUUGCUGUUAAUAUUGCAUGAUAACUAGUCUUUUUCAAGAUAACUACGGAGGAUGGGGAAUUUAAGGGUGGUAUUGAACAUGGGAGUUGAUGGCAGGGUUAUACAAAGGGCUAUUAUCAAUCAGAAGUAGUUGGUGUAAGGGUUGAAUAAUUUAUUUUUGAAUGGAUAUUGCAGAACAAAUUUGGUUAUCAUUUUUAUUUCCUUUUCUUCUUAAUUUUUAGCUGUAUGUUGUAGAAAUGAAAAGAAUGAAACCAUUGGUGGGACUUAUAGGUAAAAUGCAAGUCAAGACUUACAUUACUAAGGAAAAAACUGCCAAUUACAUGCCUCUCUUAAUUUAAGUGAAGUUGGAGGGUUCUGGUUGCUGCCGAAA